AUGCCAGAAGGUCCAUCUGUGAGGAAAUUUCACCAGUUGGUCUCCCCUUUUGUGGGGCAGCAGGUGGUCAAGACUGGGGGUAGCAGUAAGAAGCUGAACCUUACCCACCUGCAGUCCCUAUGGCUCCAGGACACCCAGGUCCAUGGAAAGAAGUUAUUCCUUAGAUUUCAUCCAGAUGAAGAAAUGAGGCCUCCUGGAAACAAUCCACUAUCAGAGCCUCUACGAAAAGGAGCUAGGAAGGAAAAGGCCAUGGACCAAACACAGACCUUGGGGCCUGAUGGAUCGAAAAUUUCUGACCAAUCCUUAAGGUCCACAGAGCUUGUUCCCAAUGGAGAAGAUAGUUCCGAUUGUUUAGGGGGAGAUGCUCCUGUAGGAGAUGUUGAGAGGUGGCUCCAUGUCAGCUUUGGUUUGUUUGGCAGCAUAUGGGUGAACAAAUUCUCCAGAGCCAAGAAAGCAAACAAGAGGGGUGACUGGAGGGAUCCUAUCCCAAGAUUGGUCCUGAACUUUGGUGGUGGUGGCUUCCUGGCAUUUUACAAUUGUCAGAUGUCUUGGAGCUCUUCCCCAGUGGUCAAACCCAACUCUGACAUCUUGUCUGAAAAGUUUCAUCGAGGACAAGCCUUGGAAGCUCUAGGCCAGGCUCAGCCUGUCUGCUGUAUACUACUGGACCAAAGAUACUUUUCAGGUUUAGGAAACAUCAUUAAGAAUGAAGCCUUGUACAGAGCAGGGAUCCAUCCCCUUUCUCUUGGUUCUCUCUUAAGUCCUUCGAAGCUUGAGUCCCUUGUGGAUCAUGUGGUGGAGUUCAGUACCAACUGGCUUCAGGGCAAGUUCCAGGGCAAACGGCAGCACACGCAGAUCUACCAGAAGGAGCAGUGCCCUGUUGGGCACCAGAUCAUGAAGGACACAUUUGGGCCUCCAGGUGGAUUCCAGAGGCUCACCUGGUGGUGCCCACAGUGCCAGCCCAGGCUGCCUCCGAAGGAGCCGCAGCAGCUCCAGCUCUAA